CAUUUUAGCAAUACAAUUCAAAACAUAAGAAACACCCUUUCGAGCCUGAUCGCUAAAUAAGCCUUGAUUUUCAUCCAGCAUAAUGGAUACAAAACUCAAAUCCUCUAUCACAUUCCUCACUCUUAUUCUUCUUGUUUCCUUGCUUGUAUCAGAAGCAAGGCCAUUGCUUAGUCCAUUACAAGGCAAAGAAGGCGUAAUUGGAGAGGUAAAUGGAGUCUUCAGGACAUUGAAAGGAGCUGGUCCAUCCCCUGGAGUUGGACACAGGUUUAAAAAGCUUCAAAACCUUGAAGGGAUGAAGCAUUCUGGUCCAAGCUCUGGUGGUGUUGGCCACAAACUCGACACAGUUCAAGUUCUUGGAGAGAUUAAGCAUUCUGGUCCUAGUCCAGGGGAAGGGCACAAGUAAGAAUAGAUAGAUCAUAUGGAAUUGUUUAGACACAAAUAAAUAUAUAGCCCUAAAGUACUUGUUAGCUAUUGCUACUAUUACUCAGUGAUGAUGUAAUAAUAUCACUAAAUCUAUUACUAAUUGUAGAUUAUAGUGAAAAGAGUGCACAUUGUAAUAUGGCUUUGAUUUGAUCUAUAC